UCAUUGAGUUAUUUAUAAAAGAUCGCUCCAAUGCGAAACAUACCACAACCAAAUGCAAACAAAACUAGAGUAUAAAUAAAGAAAAACUUGACUAUGUCAAUAAUCAUUCGGCUUAGUGAGAUUUGAAGUGGCCCCAAGUGCGGAUUUACGCUAAAUAUGUGAACCAAUUUCAAGAAACUGCAAGUUUUUUCAAGUGAGGAUGUGAUUAAAAAUUUGAAAAAUGGAGGAUUCGGUGGACGUUGAGGCUAAAAUAACCCGAAAGUCCCUAGUCAUGCCCACCCUCCCCAAAUUCCUCUCAAUUGAGGAAAAAAAGUACUUGUUGGCCAUCGAGAGAGGAGACAUGGCGAAUGUUCGCCGAAUGUUGCAAAAGGCCCAUCGCAAAAAAUCCUUCGACAUCAACUGCGUGGACAGUCUGGGUCGUGGGGCCUUAUCAAUCGCCAUCGACCAAGAGAACCUCGAAAUGGUCGAACUCCUGGUGAUAAUGGGUGUGGAAACAAGAGACGCUCUCUUGCACGCCAUCCAUGUGGAGUUUGUCGAAGCUGUUGAGCUUUUGCUCGAACACGAAGAGUUGAUUCACAAGGAGGGAGAACCUUAUAGUUGGCAAAAAGUCGACAUCAACACUGCGAUGUUCACCCCCGACAUCACCCCCUUGACCUUGGCGGCGCAUCGAAACAAUUACGAAAUUUUGAAAAUCCUCCUAGAUCGAGGAGCGACAAUUCCCAUGCCGCAUGACAUAAAAUGUGGAUGCGAUGAAUGUAUCAAGGAGUCGGAGGAGGAUUAUUUAAGACACUCGUUGGCGAGGUUAAAUGAGUAUAAGGCCUUGGCGAGUCCCUCUUUGAUUGCGCUUUCAUCAAGUGACCCGAUUUUAACAGCGUUUCAAUUGUCGUGGGAAUUGAGGAAUUUGGCGUUUGCUGAACCGUGGCGUGUGUGUUUCAGUGCCUUGAAGUUGGUUCAUUUAUUCUCCAUAAACCCGCAUUUGGGGCCGUUGCAAAUUUCACUCGGACGAAUGGUCAUCGACAUUGUCAAAUUCUUCUUUAUCUACACGUUGGUACUGUUCGCAUUUGCGUGCGGUUUGAACCAACUUUUGUGGUAUUUUUCCGAUUUGGAAAAGAAGAAAUGUUACCAUUUGCCCAGCGGUGAGGCCGAUUUUGACAACGCUGCCGAUUCGUGCAUGAAAUGGCGCCGUUUUGCCAAUGUUUUUGAGUCGUCACAGUCGUUGUUUUGGGCCAGUUUCGGAAUGGUCGAUCUUGAGAGUUUUGAGUUGACAGGAAUCAAGACUUAUACAAGAUUCUGGGGACUUUUAAUGUUUGGUUCAUAUUCCGUGAUAAAUGUCAUUGUUUUAUUGAACCUUUUGAUCGCCAUGAUGUCGAAUUCCUACGCCAUGAUUGAUGAACAUUCGGACACCGAAUGGAAAUUUGCUCGAACUAAACUCUGGAUGAGUUAUUUCGAAGAAAGUGCGACGUUGCCAUCACCGUUCAAUAUCUUCCCCAAACCGAAAGAUUUCUUCAAACUUUUGGGGUUACGCAAAAAGGACAAAAUGCGAAGAAUGUCAACGAAACGAAGAAAUCGGGAAGAAAAAGAACGCGAUUAUAGAUACACAGCAGUGAUGCGUGCUUUAGUCUGGCGUUACGUUUCAGCAAUGCAUCGAAAAUUGGAAGAGAAUGCUGUGACUGAAGACGAUGUUAAUGAAUUGAAGAGUGACAUUUCUUCAUUCCGGUAUGAACUUUUAGAAGUGUUGCAGAAGAAUGGGAUGGACAUUUCGGCGGCCGAAAUGAAGGAAAAGGCCAUUUUAGGGAAGAAAAUGAAGGUUUGGGAGCGAAGAUUAAUGAAGGAUUUCAAAGUUGCGCCAGUUGUCAGUGAAGAAGAAGAAGAGUUUAUUUACCAGCCGCCUCCCGAGGGCGAAAAUUCCCUAGCCAAGUUUCGUCGAAUUGCGAAACUCGCUGUUGUCAAUUCAAAUUUGAGCAAAUGGAGACAAGUGGUCAAGGGUGCUUGCAUUGCGUCACAAAUUGGCCAUUGCCACCGUCGCGAUUCGUUCAAAAAACAGCAAAAUCUUCAAAGAGCAAUGGAAGAAGCCAAAAAACUGAAAGUGAAAAGUCCGGAACAAAGCAGAGCCACAACUCCGAUCCAACUUCCGGACACGACCGGAUCCAAUAUCAUGAAAAUAGUCCGGGGAAUCACACCUGAAGUUUCAGAUUGUCCAACUCCUCGAGAUAAAAGUCCUUUCAUUUCAAUCUCGUCGCCGGCAAAAACACCGGAAAAAGAACCGGAUUUGAUUAAUUUAGAAAGUGCGAAAACUUCACCCAUUUUACCAUUGAAAAGUAGCUCCGAUGAUGUGUCUCUAGAAUCAAUUGAAAAAAUUGUAAAUGAACGUGGAAGUUUACCGACUUCACCGACGUCGAGUGAUGAGAAAAGUUUAGAUAGUUUGAGUAAAAAAGCAUUUUUCACUCCGGAGGAAAAUGAGAAGAAAUGUGAGGAAAUUGAGACGAAAAAUGUCACUUUUGCUUUCAAUCUUGUCGAUGAGAGUGGGAAAAUCGAGGAGGAAACCAUCAAAAGAGAUGAAGAAAAACUCAAUUUCUCAAAAGUGGAACAACCAUCUGAAGAAGAAAGUAAUGAUCCACCUGAAAAAGUCGUCGAAACAAAAACAGAAGAAAAGAAGGAAAUAGAAGAGUCAGUUGAUCAACCUGAAGAAAUUGUCGAGACAAAAACAGAAGAACAGAAGAAAAUAGAGGAAAAAAAAGAAUCUCAAGAAGAAAUUUGUGUCAAGUCUGAAGCUACAGAAGAAAAAGAAGUGAAGAAAGAAGAAAAAAUAGAAAUUGAAAAGUCUCCAAUGGCCGUUAGAAAUAUUCAAAGAAUAGGUGACCGAAAUCGAAGACAACCAAAAACUGGAUGGCUUUAAUUAUUUAAUCGUUUUUGAGGUUAUGAAGUAUUUGGCCUUUGUGAAAUAAAAAUGUG